AUAUACGUUAAUCGCGGGUUCAAACAUGGAUUCCUGGCCAAGUUUACAAUCUUCAGUAAUGUCAGCCCUAAAAGAAGAGGAAAAACACCUCCCUCAGCCGAAACCCCCUGCCAAACCAGUCGAGAAUCCAAUCACCUUGACUAUUCAGGGGCAGAGAACGGUGCAAGAAAUUGUCGACAAAGCUAUAGAACUGUUUAGAAAGCUUCAAAAUGCCCGACUUAGUACGGAUACGACCUCGAGGCAAAGUCAAGCUCAGACAAAAGACAUUCGCGACCAGUUAAACACGCUUAAAGGAUUACUAGCGAAGUUAAGAAACGUGUAUAACGACACCAAACGAGCCGUUACUAUACCAGCUGGCGAAAAUGUAGAGAAUUUGAUUCCUUUGGAAUGCAGCCCUCGCAAUGAGAUGGACACAUCAGAUGGUGGGGGUCCUGUGGAACAGGAGCGUGCCGAGCUUCAAAAGAAAUUGAAAGAAAAAAAUGACCAAUUAAAAGAGGUUAUUGACAAAUUACGAAUUGCUGUUUGGGACAUUAACACCAUGAUAAUGCUGAAGCCGUCCUGAAGCCACUUGUCACUUUAACUUAAUACUAACCUACAGUAGACCUCUUAAUCCCUGAUGGGACAUAAGGUGGCAUCUAAGUGGCAUCUUAACUUGUCAAUGUUAAGCCACCCUGAAGCCACUUGUCGCUAUUAUGUAUGGCAGCUCCUCAAAGAACAGUAGGGUUACGACGGUGGUGGCAGUCUCAGUAACACCAGAGAAAGGUACUUAUACUUCUAGUAUAACUAGCAAGACUACUGCAAGCAAUAGAAAAACCAGGUGGUCCGCAUAACAUUUUGGAGAUAAAUCAACAAAAGAAUUUGAUUUUUAUUGAUACGUCUAUGAAAAUAGAGUGGUUUUGUUAGCACCCCUUGCAUCCCACUGGAUCUGCCCAUGUCCAUGGUUUUGUGUGUCUAUAUUAUUUGAGAUCAUAGGCAACUUAGAAAGUGGUGAUUAGCAAUAAUAUGUUUUGCAACACAACCAAUUGUUCAUCCUUGCAGUUACAUUUUGUUUUAGAUCUUUCAUACAGUGCCUCCUAGCCUAGUAGUUCCCAAUGGAGUUUAUCAGAAAAUACAUGUGAAAUAAUUAAGUGAUGGAUAAUGAACGCUUGCGUACAACAUUGCAUGACUUGUCAUGUCAUUAUCUAUAAAAGCUUAAUUUUUUCAAGCAUAAAGCGUGAUCAAAUAUUUUUUGGCACUGUGUCACAACCAUUUUGACAUAACCUGUUUACAUUUUCCCACCAAAAUGUAAUAAGAUUUAAUAAUUAGAUUUUCAAGCCACGUAAUAGAGGUAAAAAUGAA